AUGUAAACCAAAAUGGCUGGCUUAUGAUGCUAAAAUAUUGAAUGGCGAAAAUUUUAGGGGUAAACAGCAAUGAUUACUGAACUGAUGUAAAUAUAUUGGCUGAUAUCCAAAAUAUAAAGACUACGAGGAACCAGGAAUACAUUUUGUUAUCAUCAUGAGUGGCAAUUCAACAAUAGUGGUGCCGACCCCUAAUCCCCAACCAAGAUCUGGGUCAGGAACACCAAGAUCAACAGUGGCUGUAAGAGAUCCCUAUCUUCCAGAGAUCCGUUCUAGUGACAAUAUGAUCGAUAGAACCAAACCGUUACCAACAUCAUUACAGAGUGAUUUCUUACCAGAAGACAUUUUGUUUGUUUUAACCCAGCCACCACCAGCUAAAGACAAACUCGGACCUGCUCCUAAAUUACGAAAUUUAAAUACAUCAUCAGUUCAGUCACGACCAGCUCCAGCCAAUGUGUGGAAUCAUAAAAGACGAGAAAAGUUUAAACAUUUAACAGAAAAUACAACAUGUGUUUGUGGAGCUGGCAGAGAUAUCUCAUUCUUAUACGAUGUUCCACUACCAGAACCAAUCAUAGAAAAUCCAGAAAAAUUAGACGGUAGCAUUAUUAGAAAUGAUUUUGAUGAAAAACCAAAACAUCCACUACAGUUACCAGAUACACUAGUACCGGAUGAAUAUCACAUUGUUAAAAAUAGAGGUGUUAUGGGUAUCGAGUUCCAUGAAGAUAAAUACAGUACACAUAUUGAAGAUCAUGAAAAACAUUUAAUGGUAUUUCCUUCCAUGAAACCAACCAGUCGUUAUGAAGUUCUACAGUUGAAGAAAGUACUGGACGAUCUACUAGAGAAAGUUGGGGCUAAUGAUGUAGAUGUGGACGUCAGGGGACCUACACAGAUGCAUAAUUUGUUAGAAUUGAUUAAAAAGGAACAGAAUAUUUAUAAUGUUAUAUUUCACGAACUUAUACGUCAGACCAGUGUAGAAUGUUCAGAGAGAGGAGAAUUAUUAGCUACAUUAAGAAAGAAAUACAGUGAUUUACUGAACAGAAUACCAUCACAGAUAAAAAGUUUACAUGAAGAGGUGAUGGCCCAGAGAGCUUUAGAUAGAAGAUUAACAGAGGAGUUGAUGAGAUUUAAAAAUACUAUAGGUGUGUUAACAAGUGAAUUAACUGAAGUUAAAGAACACGAUAAAAGGGUAACAAGAGAGGCCCAGAAAGCUCAGGAAGAUUUGAAGUUUGCUCUGUCUGAAGCCCAGAAGAAUUCUAGUUUAUUAUCAGAAUACCACGAUCUGUACGAAUUACAGAGACAAAGACUAGAACAUCAAGUUGUUACGUUAACUAGUGAACGUGAAUUGUGGAGUUCAGCAGCUUAUAGUCUAGCCAUGAAGGUGACAGAGGAAUGUCAACUAACCACAGCCAAGCGUCUACACGUCAGUGAGAAAUCGUGGGCGAAACUUGCUCAUCAUUUCACUAUAUUACUUAGUGAUAAAGACACAGAACUACUCACUGUUAUCCAGACCCAUGUAGAACAAUGGCGGGAUCUGAUCGAAGAUUUCAAUUUAUCGUUAAAACAACGAGAGGAAGAUAUGAAAGAUAAUUUAUGUUCGUUAAAAAGUGGUAUUGAAAGAUGGAGCCAAGAUUUUCAAAGAUCAUGUUUUAAUAAAGAAGGAAUGCUGGUUCGACCUCCAGAUGAACCCAAGAUGAAAAUAUUACAAUCUGAUAUCAGAGCGUGGGAAGAGAUUUUAGGAAAAGAGUCUGAAACAUUUGGUGGUGAUCUGUUUUUAGCCAACCUGGAUGCCUUAAUGAACAUUCGUAAAGAAAUGGAAGGCUGGACGGAUGCGUCUUUACGUGUGUUUGGUCGACAUCGAGGACUGGAUGGUAAAACACAUCAUGAACAAACUAACAUGAUGAAUUUAAACGAGGAAGUUGAUGAAUUAUUAAAACAGUUUAAUAAUCGCGUAACAGGAGAAAAUGGUGUUGCUACAGGAGUAAUCCAUCUAAUGAAUGCUAUCAGUGGAUGGGAGAGUCGGAUUACUACAGCUUUGAACGGUAGCCUGGGCAUUCUCGACUCCGAAUGGGGAGUAUUCUUUUUAACUUUAGAAGACUGGAUAAUCUCGUUAAAUCAGUCGAUAGAAUUGGUUGGUACAACACAAUGUGAAGGUGAUCGAAGUGAAAACCGACCCCAUACAAGUAUUGAUAUCCAUGACACUGUACGUAAAACCCAGAAAUGGAUGACGACUGCUUCCAGUGCCAUAGAUAGUGAAGAUGCUAAACUUGUAGAUCAGGUUUCGACUCUUCAUUCUGAGAUGGUACAAUGGAUGGUUCAACUAUUGUUACGAUUGGCUCCCGAUCGGGAAGAUCAUUCAGAGGAAGCACGACAGUUGGCGCUAAUCGGCACGUCAUCUAUACCUCAACUUCACCAACAAGUCAAACAAUUAUUUGACAAAUUGGAACUCUUCUCAAAUUACGUCACACUUUGUUGUGAUGGUAUUGUAAUUGAUAAUACACAGAAGAGACAAGAUUUAAAGGAAGAUAAUGCUGAUAACGAACUCCGAGACUUACACAGAUUAAGAGCGGAAUGUGAUAGCUGGAUUCAUACAGCUCAGAUAUUAACCAGUCAGUUGAUGGAGGAACCAAUACAUGAAUUAUUUCCGGCUAAAUCAAAAGAAAAGCGGAAAAAGCCACAAAGUGGUUACAGUGAUAAUACAAUUUAUUCUGAUAAAGAAAAACUGGAUGAACAAGACAACCAACAGCAAGACAAACUGGAUGAACAAGAACAAAAGGAAGAGAUUGUUUUGAAUAAGAAUUUAGAUAUAUCACCAACUAAACAGACAUCUCAACAAGAUACAUCUGAGGGUCUGGUUGAACAAACACAACCUAUAGAAGCUGUAGUCCAGAAUAACCAGUCAGAUGAAGAAAAGACAAGUAAACAUAAAGAUAGAAGUGAAAUCGCACAUCUAACCGAAAGUGAGAUAAGACAAGAAAGUUUAGAGAAGAUUGGUACAGAUGAGAAUACUCAUAUAGAAAGUUUACAUCACAGUCUAGAUAAGCCACCAGCACCACCAGUAAGUAAAGUGAAAGAAACACCAGAUACAAAGAAAGCUUAUGAAGCUCUGGCUGCUGUUGAUACUCUACAGAAACAGCUCAUAAACACCGAAGAAAGGGCACAGGAUGCAGAAGACCGAGCAUCAAUUGCUGAACUCGAACUGGCAGAAACUCAAGAAAGAGUUCGAGCUCUGGAGCGUAAACUGGCAACACUUACUGAUAGUCAUGAUGUUGUUAAUAAACCAGUUCCCCAACCAUCAACUGUUGGCAACGAUACGAAAGUGGCCGCAACGUCGCCUGCUGUCUCAACGAAUGUCAAAGAUGAGAAAAAAUCUGAUUCAAAAGCGAAACGUUCGUCUGCUAAAAAACGGAAGUAGAUGGACGGACGGAAAAUUAUAGACAUAUGGCCUAUGGGGAAUAAAGUUAUUUAUAUGGCACUCAAUCAGUUUAAAACGUCCAUUUAUUGAACUAGGGGGAAUAAAUGUAUAUGGAAAAUUGGAGAAAUCUGUAAGAUUUAUUGCUGUGGAAAUCAUGAAAUUUGCAAAGAUAGGCCUAUUGUGAACUAAAUUUUGAACUUCAUUUAUCUUUUGUAAAGAUAUAUGUAGGCCUAUAAUUCAUUUUAAGUAAAUUAUAAACUCAAGAGAAACAUGGAUUGAAAUAUUAGGAGUAUAAAUUAUCAGUUGAUAACUGUGAAAAAAAUUUUAACGUCAUUCCUCUUUUUAACAAAUUACAUUGUCUGUGAUAUUUAGAUAUUUUAAUCAGUAUUUUUUUGUAUGUUUGAUUUAUUGAAGUAUUACAAGUGUUAUAGAAAUAUAACUCCACCAUUCAACCUCCAGGCCACAGUCAUACCAAUUUGAUUUAGAAUUUUUGUUAUUCAAGAAAACAUUUUAAAACUUGGCUUCAUUGAGGAAAAAAAUCCAAAAUAACCUAUCUGGUUGCUUGACCUUCUUGAAAGCCAACCUCAUGAGUUUUCUCUGGGUCCUCCAGUUUCUGCCCACUGCUAAAGACCAUAUGCACAAGCAGAUUAAUGUAAUAAAAUUGAACCAUAUGUUAGUCCAGAAAAUGACCUUGUUUGUGUGGAGUAGACAUCAAACCUCUCUCUCUCUCUCUCUCUCUCCUAUAGUACCAUAGUUUUGAAAUUUUAAUUGAAACAUUGUUCACAUGAAUUAACUGGUUAUUUGAUUUGGAUGUUUAUUAAAUUGUUUUCGUCUUUAAACUGCUGAAUAUCUUACUGUAUAUCUUACUGCAUAUCUUACUGCAGUAUUUCAAUUGUUUAAACUGCUGAAUAUCUUACUACAGUAUUUCAAUUGUUUAAUUUAUUAUAUUUUAUAUUUCAUGUGAUAAAAGCUUUAGCCAUACAGCAUUAUAUUUAUAUAUUGUAUUAGUAUUACUAUACCAUUGUAUAUUGUAUUGUGUUAGUAUGCAAGUGUAUAAUGUAUUACCAUACCAUCAUAUAUUGUAUUAGUAUUACCAUACCCAUAUUAAUACAAUAACCAUGUGGUAUAAAAACUGCUGAUUGUGUGAUAUCUGCUGUUUGUUAAUACUUCUUGUGAUUGUAAAAUAUAUUUUAUAUUUUAACUAUGUAGUACGUUAUAUUGUAUUUACAGACAAUGUAUCUAUUAGUAUGGUAACAAUGUGGUAUAAAAAUUACUGAUUGUGUGAUAUUUGGAUAUUGUGAUAGUAAAAUAUAUUUUAACUACUGGUUGUGCAUAUUCAGUAUUCAGUUUUGUUCAUGACCAACUUAAUAAUAAAUGUCCAUUUCUUGAGCGUCAAAGCCAUUGAUAAGUCUACAUAAGAUUGUUUGGAUAAAUGAGUUUUUAAUUGGGACUUAAAACUUGUAAAUAUAUUUUAACUACCGGUAUUGUAUAGUCAGUAUUCAGUUUGUUCUUGAAAAAUUCAAUAAAAAUAAUAAUGUCCAUUUCUUGUGUGCCGAAUCCAUCCAUAAGCAUAUACAUGUCUAUUAAAUUUAGUCUACAUAAGAUUGUUGAACAACUGAAUUUGAAAAUUUCAGACAAAUUACUUUACUCUGAGCCGAGAAAACCAAAUUUCUAAAACACUGUAGCCUUGAUUGUCAUUGUUACCGUUGUUACGAUAAUAAACGAAGUCUCGAUAUCGGAUUCAAAUCUGUUUAAAAUCGUACCCAUCAGAUGGCGUCGGGAGUUGAUUAUGAUCUUAUGCUAAUAAAUGUCUAGUUAAUAGUUCAUAUAGCAUUUUUAAAAUCCUAAAGAAAGACCUGAAAUCAGCAGAUUUAGCCUUUGCAUAAUGUAUGUUUAAAGUUGAUUAUAUUUAUAACUAGAUUUUAAAGCUGUUGAUCUUUGGUUGAGAGAUUUUGAAUCCCUUACAAAACUACAAUAUUUUAAAGUUGAAUGAAUGGGUGAAUGAAAGAAAUAGUUUUUAAUGGUACAUCAGUAUCAAGCGUAUAGUAUUUUAAAGUUGAAUAUAAGUCCAUAAAUGGUUCAGUUCUGUUUAGUAUAGAUUUACAAACUUUGAUUGUUGGUUUAUACUUUUGGUCUUUGGGAUAGUCGCAAAAUUUCAACAAUUGAGUCCAAACAAAAUCAAUUCGUGUCGACAGUAAGAAAAUGGUGAGAUAUUUAAUUUAUCAUUUUCUUUCCAAGGUGUCGUUCAACCCACCCGCCCAGUUACUCAGGUCAUUCGUUUGGAUGCAAGUGUUUAAAUAUUGCGAUGGUACCUUAUAGACAGUAGCUCCAGUCUGUUUUUAUGAAUGAUAUAUAAGUAUUUGAAUUACAGUUUAUAAACAAUAGCUACAUGUACCAUCUGUUUUUUUAUGAAUGAUAUAACUUAUUAAUGUAUAUACUGCUUCUAUUUAUAAUGUGUAUUAUUUAUGUAGGUAUUAAACAAAUACUAAA